GACGUCAUCAAAAUGUCCACGUGACCUAGCGUGCGUGGCACAGAACAAACAUGGCGGCCUCUACUGCACAAUCAUGUCCUCGCCGAGUGGCUCUUAUAACUGGAAUCACCGGACAGGAUGGUUCCUACCUGGCUGAGCUGCUGCUCAACAAAGGUUAUGAGGUCCAUGGGAUUAUCAGAAGAGCUAGUACUUUUAAUACAGGCCGCAUUGAACAUUUAUAUGCAGAUCCAAAGUCACACCGAGAAGGAUACACCACAUGUGCAAUGCAUUUGCAUUAUGGGGACAUGACUGACAGCACAUGUUUGGUGAAGAUUGUCAGUCAAGUGCAACCUACAGAGGUCUACAACCUGGCUGCCCAAAGCCAUGUCAAGGUGUCCUUUGAGUUGGCUGAAUAUACAGCAGAUGUUGAUGCUACAGGGACACUGAGAUUAUUAGAUGCCAUCAGAACUUGUGGACUCACUGAUCAGGUUCGAUUCUAUCAGGCUUCAACCAGUGAACUGUAUGGCAAAGUGCAGGAAAUCCCUCAAUCAGAAAAAACACCAUUUUAUCCACGAUCUCCAUAUGGAGUUGCAAAGUUAUAUGCUUACUGGAUUGUGAUCAACUACAGGGAAGCUUACAAUAUGUUUGCCUGUAAUGGCAUCCUUUUUAACCAUGAAAGUCCUCGAAGAGGUGAAACCUUUGUGACCCGUAAAAUUACAAGAGCUGUGGCCAAAAUCUUCUUGGGCCAGCAGAAGGAGAUUCAGCUUGGUAAUCUGGAUGCUAAGCGAGACUGGGGUCAUGCAAAAGAUUAUGUUGAAGCUAUGUGGCUCAUUUUGCAGCAGGAAAAUCCAGACGACUUCGUCAUCUCUACCAAUGAAACACACAGUGUCAGAGAAUUUGUUGAAAAGGCCUUCAGAAUUGUCAAAAUAGAUAUUGAGUGGGAGGGCAAAGGUGUCAACGAAGUAGGGAAGAACAAAGAAACUGGCGCGAUCUUGGUGCGAGUAAACCCUAAGUUCUACCGUCCUACAGAAGUGGAAAUUCUGCAUGGAGACUGUACAAAAGCACAGGAGAAACUUGGCUGGAAGAAAACAUAUUCCUUUGACACGCUAGUUCAAGAGAUGGUCGAGUCGGACGUGGCGCUCAUGCGGACAAACCCUUGGCUUAAGUUUUGUCUGAGACGUUGACAAGAAAUGUACUGGCUGUGUCGACCAUCUGUACACAUUCCAUGAAAGGAGCAGGAGUCAUUUUAUUCUCAUUGUGUUUUGUAGUGAGGAGUUUUCACGAACUGCCUUGUGAGGACUGUAGAGUGGAGCAUAAUUUACUAAUGAAAGGAAACUUGACACGCUGUGUGCACACUAAGGAAAACAUUCGUUUACUUAAGGGGCCAAUAACAAUGGCGGCCUGCAGGGUGUUAGUGUUGCAGAUCAUUUGUACGUACCUACACGUACUUAAGUAUUUUAACAGGGUGAUUCACGAGUCUUACCAAGUUGAUUUUUCCUGUAAAAGCUGGAUACAAAAGUAGAGGAAACAAAAAUAAAUAGAAGAAAGAAAUAAUUUUAGAAAAAGAGGUAUGGAAGUCACAGUGUAUUUUAUUGUCCGAGUCAGUUUUAUGAAAAAUCUAAAAGCUUAUGUCACUUGCAGUUAAGAUUCCUGCGUUGUAAGAGGUAAGUCUCUGCGUCUGUAUUCCUGCAGUUGAGGAACUGCAUUGUGGGUUACUCUUGCGGGCGUCUUUUAAAUCGGGUUUCAAGCUGUCUUAUUGCUGCCUUAGCCUGUCUUGGCUAACCUUUUGUCUGACAGACAUUAACUACAGCUUGCGUCUGUCUGGGCUAACGAACUGCGAAAUCAAUCAUGUUAUAGUUUGCUGAGCAGGUUAAAGUCCCAUCUUAACCGCAUAAAGCUGUCGUUCUCGUGGUGAUCGGGGCGCACAGCAUUUCUUUUAAAGGCCUUCAAAGUGCAGUUUGCUUGCUCAGUACUGGAGUUAAGGAUUAGAGUCGGUAACUCCGUUGCAUUCGCUGCUGAGUAGUGUUGUGAAGUACUUUUCUCGUAAAGAAGUUUAGGUAAUACUUUUAUUAAAAAUGUAAAUAUUUUAUGCUUAGUUUGUACUUCACAAAUGUACAAGCUGCUGGUUUCCAUCGAACGAGAAAAAAUGAAACUUACAGAAAAUUUGUAAAAUUUUUAAAUGGUCCCAAGAAUUUUUUUUUAUAAAAUCCUUAUUUCAAUCGGUGUGCUUGUAUAUAUUGCCUAUGUGUCGCUAUUGAAAAUAUCGUUUAUGGGAAUCUCGCUGCUUUUACAUUGUGUGCUCUCCUGAUAGAAAGGCAUGUUAACAUACUAACGCCAUUCCCUGUAUGCAUGCGUGCGUGUUUGUUUGUACGUUCAGACGACGCAUUUAUGCGCAGGAAGGUAAAGUGGAGCAGUUGCAAUAAAGCCGCGUGUUAAGGCGCGUUCAUGUGCACGUUCUUAUACACGCAAGGUAUCUUUGCCUGGCUUCAUCAAGGAGUGAUUUGUCAUGAGCUUGGGCUUGUGCGAUGUUAGGACUCUCUUGACUGACGAACAACUCUGUGUUCUUGUUGCUGAAUGGUGAGCAUCUACCAGUUAAUUGCUUUAACCAUGUGACGACACUGCUGGCAACACUACAGUGGCCUUAAGCUUGCUUAUGGCAUUACUGCUCUCGUCACACAUAAUCCGCACCAUCAACAAACAAACGAUGGAUUUUGAGGCUCUGUACCCUGGUUCGUUUACAACUGUUAAGUAUGGGAGAAAAGAUCUCGUAGCAAACCAUGAUUGGGUGUUCCAGUUUCUUCUGUUUUUGCAUGUUUCUGGGCGUUCAUGUUUGGAAGUUUUUAUAUUUUUCCACGGGGGAUAAUUGUUUUGUUUUAAAUGUUUUAUAAAAUGUUUUUAAUAUAUAGAGUUAAGUAUUUAUCACAAAUACAGCCAUGAAUUUUUCCAAGUCAUUUUACUUGAUAUUUUUGUCAGACACGUCGUUUUAAAUAAGUUUUUUGCGUGGAUUUCUUGCAACACAAGGUACAUAACCUUCGGGCAUGCCCGCAGUGGGGCAUCUGGCAUGCAGAAAGCAUUAACAGUGAUACAGGUGUUUGCGAGGUGUCAAAUGAUGGGAUACAGCUGCCACGUCAACAUAGUCGGCCACCACGAUGAUGGUGCACCCGUCCUUGCGUGUACCCUGCCACUUGGGUUAGGUUGAGAAUGUUUUCGGCAUCUUACCAUUUGGUAUGAGUUUAAUAGAAUAGGUUAACACUACAGUGCUAGGUUGUAUUACUACUAGUUAAUAGUAGCACACGUCACAACACUACAAUACUAGGUUGUAUUACUAACAUAACACUACAGUAGUAGGUUGUAUUGCUAACAUAACACUACAGUACUAGGUUGUAUUACUAACAUAACACUACAGUACUAGGUUGUAUUGCUAACAUAAUUACACUACAGUACUAGGUUGUAUUGCUAACAUAACACUACAGUACUAGGUUGUAUUGCUAACAUAACACUACAGUACUAGGUUGUAUUACUAACAUUAUUUACACGACAGUACUAGGUUGUAUUACUAACAUUAAUUACACUACAGUACUAGGUUGUAUUGCUAACAUAACACUACAGUUUGUAUUACUAAUUAGUAGUACUCGUCAUAACAAAAGGUGUAGACGAAAGGCGAUUAUACUUCAUAAGUUGGUAUCUCUCUGUACCAGUACAUUAUGGAUUAGACUUGUCUUCCCAUACCUACAAGUAUUAUAUAUAAAUAAUUAUAUAAUACUGCUUCCCACCCAAGAUAAGCGAGAAAUGAUGUUCAAAGUGUGAGUAGAAAAUAUCGGCUGUGUAAUUAUCAUUAGGUUUUCCUGGAAACACUGUAUUAAGCGGGGGUGAUGUUUCUGUUAGUUGCAUAUCAUUUUCACGUUGGGAUUUUCCAUUUUAUAUGUGCCGUGGUUUGCUGGAGAGUUGCUAUUGCACGGAGGUUUACUGAUGUAAAAUAAAGUGGGUGAUACUAUUA